GUUUUUACCGAAACAAACAAAAAAUUAUCAAUAAAUAUCAAAAAAACCAAAAAAAAAAUUAUAUAUAACAAAAACCAAAAAAAGAAACAACAAGAAAACGUUCUUCGCAUUUGAAUUCUUUUUUGUUAAUUUUUUUUUGUAUUAUUUGAAAUAUCAAAUACCAACACACAAUGGAAUACCGGUGCUUAAGUAGAAGUUCUGUCAAACAUUUAACGGCACUUUGCAUCAUCAGCAUUGCACUCACAGCGGCGAAUGCCGCGUUAUGGCCUAGCUACAGCAGUGACUCCACCUCCUCCUCCUCCUCCUCCUCAGUGAUGCCGAGCAGAUGUGCCGGUGGGCGUGGCCUGAAAUAUCUAUCCGGUGAUGCAUUGACAGAUUCGCUCGACUGUUUGGGUCCAAAUAAUGCGCCAUAUCCCAGUGCGGCCGUUGCUCGCACAUUCUCCAAUUGGAACGGAAAUUCGCGACGUGGACGUCAGAGUAAAUUGCCCAACACACUGGAUCCCGCCAUAACCACAAGUGCAUUGUUGAGGGCAUACGAUGAGGUGAACAACAACGAGGCGGCAUCGUCUAUCGGAAGCGAUCGUUAUGGUCGUUCGCUGAAGAAUUCAUCACCGGCCCAUCAAUGCAAGAGCGAUACACCGGCGCGUCUAUGCAAAACACGUUACAAUACCACAGCGCCCAUGUAUGGUGUUAGCUUGACCUCCGGCCAACCGGUGACCAUUGUUCAGAAAUUUCCCGAUCUAUUGCAACAGGUGGUCUUCGAGGUGUGCGAAUCUUCGGAAUGCGAUGUUGUGCGCGGUGAAUGCACACAAACGUAUGUACCCUAUCUAUUUCUGGUCAUACCGUUGGGUCCAGUGACGCUAACCGGUCAGGAUUACGUUCUUGUCGAAAGCGGAUGUGUGUGCAAGCCCAAAUAUUCAACGGGUGCAGCUCAAGAGCCCAAUAUGAUACCAUAAAAACUUUGGCUAGGAUGUGAAAUCGUCAAGGACAAAUAAAAAUAAACCACACAAACAUACACACAUACACACACAGCAACCAAAAGAACUGAGCGAACGAGUUUUGGGUCGACAACGAGAGAAAGAUAGAGAGAGAGAGAAGGAGAGCGAUUGCAGCAGCAAUGCGUAAAUGAGAAAUUAUUUUUUGUAGCGAAUCAAUU